CGUGGCCGCUCUCAGGUUCCUCUCUGGCAACGCGCAGGCGGUUGCGCGGCGCUGUCGCUUGUGGUUUCUCUUCUAUCCACGCGGCCGACCAUCUGUCAACAGUAUCGGAGCCGUCGACGAGUAGUCUGCUUCGAGAUAGUCUAUCGCGCGCGAAACGCGAAUCACUCCCGUGUACUCUCUCGCGCACGCGACAGGUAUACACUAAUUGUACCGUGAGUCCGUCUCGUGAUCAUCAAUCAUGGAUCGGACCUUUUUGAACGUGAUGAUCCUCAGCUGGGGAUUUAUGCUGGUCUUCACGGCGUUCCAAACGAUGAGCAACAUAGAGAAAACUGUCCUGACUAGUAUCAAAAAUGAUAGCAACGGUGAAUUCGAAGGCAAUGCUUAUACCAGUUUGGCCAUUAUUUACGCCGUAUUCGCGGUCUGCAACUGGCUAGCGCCGUCAUACAUUUCGUUGACUGGGCCACGGGUGGCAAUAAUCACGGGCGCCGUCUGUUACGUACUGUUCAUCGCCUCCUUCUUUUAUCCACAUGAUGCCCUGCUGUAUUGCAUAUCCGCCGUCGUCGGGGUCGGCGCCGCCCUGAUAUGGACCGGCCACGGACAAUACCUGACGGAAAACAGCGACAACGAGACCAUGUCACGGAACGCCGGUCUGUUCUGGGCAAUUUUCCAGCUAUCACAGUUCGCCGGCAACCUGUUCGUCUUCUUCAUCUUCACCACGCCCACAAUAGACAAGAAACAACGGACAAUUGUAUUUGGCGUGCUAACUGGUGUCGCGAUUAUUGGUACUGUGGUACUGCUGAUACUGAGAAAAUCACCGCAGAAAUUGUCGCUGGGUGAGGCCGAAGGGGUGUCGAACGCUGACAAAGAGUUGCGCCUGCCAGAACCAAGACGCGAGAAACCACUGUUGACCGCGUGGCGCGCCUUCGUGGAUUCAAUCAGGCUCUUCCUCACGCCAAACAUGCUGUUACUGGCACUGACGUUCGUCUAUACGGGUCUCGAGCUUACCUUCUACUCUGGGGUGUACUCUAGCAGCAUUGGCUUCACGAAGGUUUUAGGUGAAGAUCGUAAGAGACUGGUAGGAUUGUCUGGUAUCUUCGUCGGUAUCGGCGAAGUUGUGGGUGGCGCGAUUUUUGGUAUCCUCGCAUCCAAGAUAUCUGGCAAGUGUGGUGGCUGGCCAGUAGUGAUCACCGGUCUGAUUAUGCAUCUGUUCGCCUUCAUCACCAUCUUCCUGAAUUUGCCGAACGAUGCGCCGUUUGAAGAUACGGAUAAUACAGGCUUUAUUGACACCUCGCCGAUCCUUGCAUUAGCGGGCAGUCUCACUCUCGGUUUUGGCGACGCCUGCUAUAACACACAAGUCUACUCAUUGCUAGGCGUCCUGUUUGCCAACGAGAGCGCACCGGCCUUCGCUCUCUUCAAAUUCUGCCAAUCCGUUGCAGCGGCCGUCAGCUUCUCAUACAGCACCAAGGCAGGACUGCAUAUACAGCUCUUGAUACUGCUCAUAUUUAUAUUCAUCGGUACGGCGGCCUUCUGCUACGUCGAGUACAAGGCCAAAAAGUCCAAGGACGAAACCCCGCAGGACAUUGAUCCGGCGUUGGUCGAUGCUACAAGUGGUGAAGAUUAAUAAGGCUAGUUAAAUGCAUUCUAAUUAGAUUGCAAAGACACACAGCGAGUUCGAAUGAGAUGCGCGAAAGAUCUUGAGAGGCAAAACCGUAAAAUACGGAAAGCCGAAUUAAAAGUAAAAGCGAGCAACUCUCGGUAGCUCGAACGAAUGUUGACACAAAUUAUUUUAGCAUGUUAAUGAUAAGAUAUUCUUGCAAAUUUAAGUAUUAUAUAAUAUUCUUCUUUAGAUAUAUAGUUAGAGACUUUUUAUAAUAUAUCAUACUUUAAAAUGCAAUGCAGUCAAAGACUGCAGAUUUUUGUAAUGAUUUUUCUAUUUUGCGAAAUUCAUGCUAUUAUAAAAAGUCUACACUCAAACGAGAAUAUCAUCGUAUGAUUUGAAAAUAUCCAGGAAUCUAUUUUCGGUCGAGUGUGUUAUCAUAGUCUUCCAAUUUUUAUAUUUCUCAAUCUUUACUUUAUUUCGGAGUAACUAUGUGCUCUAGAUAUUCUCUUUUUUAAAGCGGUAUCUUUAUACCCAUAAAAACCCAUAUAACGCUUAAGAAUAGAAUUCUGAGAUCAUUUUGAGAUGAUAAUUCUAAUAUAUCAAAAUGUCGAAGCUAAUAGGUUUUGAAAAGAAUUUAAAGUUGGCAAAUCAAACUGCAAAAAAUAUGGCGCAUGGCAUGCAUUCAUACAGCAAAGCUGUACGCAAAAUUAAUAUGCAAAAAUAAGAAUCAUAUUUAGGAAUCUUCACUACUGUGCGAUGUAUCAUAUCUAAAUGAGCAUAUUUUGGACAGUUUGAUUUUUAAACUUUAAAUCCUCGUUUAAAAACUACAGCCUCGACAUUUUGUUAUUAGAAUUUUGAUCUUAAAAUGAUCUCAGAAAUUCUUUAAGCUCUGUUACGGUCUUUACGGGAUAUACUGCAUAUACAAGUAUGUCGAAUGUGUGUGUGCAUCUGUUCAUCGAAAUGUUACGUCACUCACAGAAAGUUGAAAGACGCUGUCCUAAAGACAUCAAUCGAUUACCAGGUGUAUUGUUAUCAGAACGCAAGAUUUAUAUAUCAGCGAGAGUUACACACGAUAUAAUAAUUUUUUUUUCUUUUUCAUUCACAAACUUACGACUCGAAGGCUGUGCAAGCGACCUUUGUAUUAAGCGAGCUCCUUUUAAUUAUUUUACAAGAUCAGGUUUGUUUUUAACCAGCAAUUGUUCGCACCGGUUUUGCAAUGCACUGCGAUUUUGUGACUAACUAGUCUGUAACAUGAGUCCGCCGCAAAAAAAGACUCGUGUUUAACUAGUCCGUAACGCAGUAUAUCGACUUUACGUCUGAUCGUACGUGUAUGCGCGUGUGUGUACGUGUGUGGAGCGCACAACGGUACGUGACAUUUACAGCUCAAUUGAAUUGUCCGAGAUCAGACUUAAGGAUCUUGUUCCUUCGUUGAUCGACGCUUGCUUCAAGCGUCGCGGCGAACAUGUAGAUUGCACUCUGCGGCGCGCAUACAGGAUGCAUUAAAAGUCGGGCACUUUCCUCGCAAUUUCUAAACAGGAACACUUAGAGCAAAAAUCAAAACUGUAAAACACAAGAGAAAUUAAUACAGAAUAAAAAAAUAGAUCUCGAAUUUUAAUUGAAAAUCGAAUUGAAGUUGUAAAAUAAUACAAAUUUGCUUUUAAUGAAGUUUUGACAAGUGAUAAAAGCUUUUUUGUUACAAUUUGUAAUCAUGCGACUUUUGAGACAUCCUCUGCGCACCAUAAUACCCACGCAUCUCUUUUCUUCGUAUUUUAUUUAAUCAUGGACGUUAGAUGUAUCUUAUGAUAAUGGAUGAACCGCGAGAAGAAAUGUGAUCAAUGAUGAUCAACUAUUCUCUUGACAAUCAAAAUUCUAUUGGAGACUUUGUACUAAUGAAUAUGUAUACGAGAUAUCGUGAUACUUUUAAAGAACGCACUCCUGCCCCGUAAUUUUCGCAAAGAGAAAGGGGAGUUCGUUUAGUUCCCCUUACGCAUAUAUUACAAUCCAUUACAUUCCAUAAUAUAUAUGCGUGUGUUUGUUACAGAAUUUUUUUCUCCAUAUAAGAAUUGCUCCUUGGAUACGUACCUGAUAGAAAAAGAUCACGAUUUAUUUUAAAAGCACAUACAUCCCGAUUAUGGGUGAUCAAGCGAAAAUGAUCAUUAUUGUUUUUAUCAUCGAAUAGUCUAUGAACAAAAUUUUAUGAUAUGUAUAUAUGAUAUGUUUAUAUGAAUUUGUCAUAAUAGACAAUAUAAUGUAUAUAUGAGAUUGAAUAAUGUUAUAAAUAACGAUGACACGUGAUUGUUGUUAGUAAAUAUAUUUAUAUUGUAAAAA